AUGAGAAAUAAUUCUUCCAUAUUCACAUUUCUGCUGCUGGAAUUCUCAGACGUCCGAGAACUACAGAUCUUACACUUCUUUGUGUUCCUAGUAUUGUACCUACUGGCAAUUGCAGGGAAUCUUUUCAUCAUCAUUGCAGUAGUUCUUGAUCACCACCUGCACACCCCCAUGUACUUCUUCCUAAUGAAUUUGGCUAUGUUGGACAUCGGCACAAUUUCAGUCAUGGUACCCAAAUCCAUGUCUAUGUCCCUCAUGAAUAGCAGGUCAAUUUCUUAUCCUGGAUGUGUUGCACAAGUUUUCUUUUAUUUCUUCUUUGCAACAACAGAUUUUACCCUCCUAACUAUAAUGGCACAUGAUCGCAAUGUUGCGAUCUGCAACCCUCUCCACUAUGAGAGAAUCAUGCACAAAGGAGCCUGCCUUCAGAUGGCAGCCAUUGGGUGGAUCUUUAGUCUUUUUAAUGCCAUGUUACACACUUGUUGCACCUUUGCAAACAUUUUCUGUUCUAAUAUUGUCCAUCAGUUCUUCUGUGAAAUACCACAGUUACUAAAGCUCUCCUGCUCUGAUGGUUACCUUGUGGAAGUUGGGCUCCUUGUGCUAAGCUGUAGCAUCGCAGUAGGAUGCUUUAUCUUCAUAAUAAUAACAUACAUGCAGAUCUUUGUUGCGGUGCGAAGGAUCUCCUCUGCACAUGGUCAGAAAAAAGCCCUCUCCACUUGUCUUCCCCAUCUCACAGUUGUCUCUGUGUUUGUGUUCACUGGAAUCUUUGCCUAUGUAAGACUUCCCACUGAUGAUUCUUCUGACCUAGAUAUAGGUUUUGCUGUGGUGUAUGUCAUAAUUCCUCCCAUGCUGAAUCCAUUCAUCUAUAGCAUGAGAAAUAAGGAGAUCAAGACUGCAUUGUGGAAAAUGUUAAGAUUCGGGCCUUCACUCUAA